GACUUCCAAUGGAUGCCCCUUCCCCGGUCCGGUUGAUUGCCGAAACCGCAUUGCAACAUGCUCAAGGCACAAUUGCGGGAUUACUUGCACACUGCAGUACCGACUCCGUUGAUGGACGCUGGAGUAGAGGUUGUCGACCUUCACGCCUAUAUUGCGAAGAUCGACCGUGAGUUCAAGACGCAACGGUACGACGACAUCGACGCACCAUUGCUAUAUGUACGCAUUCAGAUCGGAGAGGCGACCUGCAGCGCUUUGAUCGAUUGCGGAGCAUCUCGCAACUACAUGAGUCAGGACUUCAAAGUACGCGCCAGCCUUGGCCCACGAGUCCGAAGGAAGUCCCAGCCCACGCAAGUCAAGUUGGCAGACAGUCACACGCACAAGUCAAUCGACCGGUGCAUUGAUGACGUCCCAGUGUACUUUGCCCCUCACGCAAGUGAGGCGGUGUCCUUUGACAUUCUGGACACCAAAUUCGACAUGAUCUUGGGCAUGUCAUGGCUGCGAAGCGAGGACCACCCGGUGAACUUCUACCGCCGCACCGUUCACGUUCGUGAUCGAAACGGAGUACUAGUCCCAUGCACGGUAGCUCCUCCUCACCCUUCAGUCAGCUGUCAAGUGGUAUCCRCCGCAAGCAUGCGAGCUUCCAUCAUCAGAGACGACAUCGAGGAGAUGGGGGUGUGUUUUCUCCACGCCCUCCCGCCCCAUGAMGCUUCAUCGACGGACUCAUCUUCGGAUCCACGCAUCACCGAACUUCUCGACGCCUACAGCGACGUGUUCGAAGGCCCGCACGAAGUAGUACCGGAUCGGUCCAUCCACCACGAGAUCAUCCUUGAGGACGGGGCCGUACCUCUGCGCGGUUGCAUCUACCGAAUGAGCGAGGAAGAGUUAAGUGUGCUUCGGGCACAACUCGACGACCUUUUGGAGAAAGGUUGGAUUCGGCCUAGCUCAUCGUCAUACGGUGCUCCUGUUCUCUUCGUCCGGAAGAAGAACAAGGAUUUGCGGUUGUGCAUCGAUUAUCGCAAGCUCAACGCGCAGACGAUCAGAAACGCCGACCCUCUCCCAUGCAUCGACGACCUUCUCGAACGACUGGGAGGCGCCAAGUUCUUCUCCAAGCUGGACCUCAAGUCGGGAUAUCACCGACUCGAGAUUCGGAAGGAGGAUCGCUACAAGACCGCGUUUAAGACGCGAUACGGGCAUUUUGAAUGGCUGGUUAUGCCAUUUGGCCUUAUUAAUGCCCCGGCCACUUUCCAAGCGGCUAUGACAACGGAGUUCCGACACAUUCUGGAUCGAUACGUACUUAUCUACCUCGACGACAUCCUGGUGUACAGCCGGAGUUUGGAGGAGCAUGUGGAACACCUGCGCACCGUUUUGGAGCGGCUACGACAGGCCAAGUACAAAGCCAACCGCGACAAGUGCGAAUCCGCACAGCAGGAGCUGGAGUACUUGGGACAUUAUGUGACGCCGCAAGGCAUCCGUCCGCUUGCGGACAAGAUCGAGGCCCUACGAGUAUGGCCCGAGCCCACCAACACCACGGACGUUUGUUCAUUCAUGGGAUUGGCGGGCUACUAUCAACGAUUCAUCACCGGAUACUCGAGGAUUGCUGCACCUAUGACGAGAUUACAAUCGCCAAAGGUGCCAUUCGUAUUCGAUGACGACGCACGCCGAUCAUUCCAAGCACUUAAGACGGCUAUGCUCAUGGCACUCGUCCUUAGCAUCUAUGACUACGGACGCUUCCGGCUAUGGCAUUGGGGCAAUCUUGGAACAGCACGACCGCGACGGCUGGCACCCGAUGGAGUAUUUCAGCCACAAAGUGCCUCCCAUCAACUCGCUUGAUGAUGCAAGGAAGAAGGAGCUGCUUGCAUUCGUGAUGGCUCUCAAGCGC